AAAAGUAACCCAACUGUUUUAACCACCAAAACUCUCUCUCUCUCUCUCUCUCUCUCACAGAGAAUGCAGAUUUCAGGCGCUGUCGGCGACUUGCUGGUGGUAAUUCCGUCGACCAGUAGUUUCAGGUCCCCAAAAUUCAGUCACUUCCUUUCUACUGGAUUUCCCAGAAAUUGUCCUUCAUUUUGCACUCCAAAGCUUGGGACCGGACUGCACAAAUGUCGAGAAAGAGGCUUCACUGUGAGAGCCUCAGGGGAUUCAAGCGAUAAUUUUGUUCCAGUUGCUCCUCUUGAAUUUGAAUCCCCAGUUGGCCAGCUUUUGGCUCAAAUUUUGCAAACCCAUCCUCAUCUACUGCCUGCAGCUGUUGAUCAGCAACUUGAGAGCCUUCAAACUCAUAAAGAUUCCCAGAGGGAAGAACCUUCUUCGCCUCAAGAUCUCCUUUACAAGAGAAUUGCUGAAGUCAGAGAGAAAGAAAGGCGUAAAACACUGGAAGAAAUAGUAUACUGCUUAAUUGUACAGAAAUUUGUGGACAAUGACAUUUUGAUGAUCCCAAAGAUAUCAGCAACCUCAGAUCCUACUGGCCGAGUGGAUUUUUGGCCAAACCAAGAGCAGAAACUAGAAUCUGUUCAUUCUUCAGAAGCAUUUGAGAUGAUACAGAGCCACAUAUCUCUUGUACUUGGGGAGCGACUCGUGGGCCCUCUUGAUACAAUUGUUCAGAUCAGCAAAAUCAAACUUGGAAAGCUAUAUGCCGCUUCAAUAAUGUAUGGAUAUUUUCUUAAAAGAGUUGAUGAACGAUUUCAACUCGAAAGAUCCAUGAAAACUCUUCCUGUUGGUUUAAGACCAGACCAGGUAAGUUUUGAAGAUCCUGCUCGGCCAAAACAGCUCUGGGAUCCUGAUUCCUUGAUCCGGGUGUUUCCCAAUGAUGGUGGUGAGAGUGAUGUGGGAGGUUUCGUGGAUACUGAUGAAGGCAAAUCAUACCGACUGAGAUCCUACGUUAUGUACUUGGAUGCAGAGACUCUUCAGAGAUAUGCUACUAUAAGAUCCAAAGAAGCUAUUUCUUUGAUUGAAAAGCAGACACAAGCCCUGUUUGGGAGGCCUGACAUCAGGAUUGCUGAGGACGGUUCAGUCGACACAUCUAGUGAUGAAAUACUUGCAAUUACUUUCAGUGGAUUGACAAUGUUAGUCUUGGAGGCAGUUGCAUUUGGAUCAUUCCUAUGGGAUGCAGAAAGCUAUGUUGAAUCCAAAUACCACUUUGUUAAAAGCUAAAAAACAGUAAGCCUUCAUAUCUGUUAAUGCUCACUGAGGCUGUACAGUUUGUAAUGUGUUGAGGAUGGUGUAAUGGGCUUCCAGUAUAUACAGUAGUCAGGUAUCUUGCUUUUUAA